AUGAAACUGUGUAAAAUACGGCUACUAUCUAACAACCAAUUAAAAAAUUUACGCGACCAUCAAUAUUCAUGCCAAGGUACUACUAUUCUGGAAAGACUUUUCUUGUUGUCCUAUUGGGACUGGUUAACGUUGAAAGUGCCCAUUUGGAUCGCACCGAAUCUCAUCACAGUUGUGGGACUCAUCGUCAAUGUUGUGACUACUUUGAUUCUUGUAUGGUAUUCGCCGGACGCAAAGCAAGAAGCUCCCAAAUGGGCGUGCGGAUUUUGCGCUGUGGGCAUUUUCAUCUACCAAACUUUGGAUGGAAUAGAUGGAAAACAGGCUAGAAGAACUGGUACAGCCAAUCCUUUGGGCGAACUGUUUGACCAUGGUUGCGAUGCUAUAUCUAUAGUACUUCUGGCUGUCGCACUAUGUAUUGGCUUCCAAGCUGGCGACAUCCCAGAAGUAAUGCUCAUUUCGUGUUUUCUUGGUAUGACGCUUUUUUAUUUGGCCCAUUGGCAAAAGUACGUUUCGGGAACCUUACACUUUGGACAUAUCGACGUCAUAGAGGCCGAGUUUGCCACUUCAUGCAUUCUUUUAGUGUCUUCUGUUUUUGGACCUAGUGUUUGGUCAACGAAGAUCUUUGGACUACAAAUGGAGAUGAAGUGCAUAAUUUUAAUCAUAGCUGGAAUUAAUGCUUUUUUUAUUAUUGUAACAAGCUUGUCCGUUAUCUUCAGAGCGACAGUGAAAAACGAAUCGACAGUUGCUGGAACGAAUGCGUUAUCGCCUGCCAUACCACUUUUAAUCAUCGUUGUGUUCACGUUCAUUAUUUGGCAACAGUCAGCAGAGCAUAUCUAUGAAGAACAUCCGUGUUUGUUUAUUUUAACAUUUGGAUUAGCAACGUCCAAAGUGUGUAACAGUCUUAUGGUUGCUCAAAUGACGAAAAGUGGAAUUAAUUACAUCAAUUCAUCACAUUUAGGAGCUUUUAUUUUUUUCUUGAAUCAGUGUUUUGGUCCUUUUGUAAAGGAGUACUACCUUCUGUGGUUCUGCUUAGUUUUGGUACUAAUCGAUUUGCUGCUCUACUGUUAUCAGAUUUGUGCAGAAAUCAGUGAUUAUCUUGGGGUGAAAGUCUUUAAAAUACCCUAUUUAGAGCAACCAUGAGCAUCUUAGGUAUUUAAAUACGUCAUUCACUUUGUGUCAAAUAAUAAAAUAAGUAUAAUAAUUUGAU